AUGCAUCAAGCAAGGCUUGUGCUUGGUCGCAUCGUACCUGUCGCCUUCAAGCACAGCUCCAUCUCGCGAUCUGCGCGCCCGCUGCACACCAUGGCUACUUCCACGCCGAGCUUCAUCGACAUUGGCGUCAACCUCACCGAUCCGGUCUUUCGCGGCUCGUACCACGGCAAGCAGUCGCACGCAGACGAUCUCGACGUCGUGUGCGAGCGAGCUGCACACGCUGGGGUAGUGGCGCAGAUCCUCACGGGGGGUAAUCUGGCCGAAUCGCACGAGGCGCUUGCACUUGCACGGCGAUCCGACGCAUUCUACUCGACGGCAGGAUGCCACCCGACACGCACCUCGGAGAUGGAGUCGUACGAGCGGGGCGCCGAGGCGUACCUGGGCGAGAUUCGAGAUCUCAUCCGGAGCGAUGCGCGCAAGGUAGUGGCGGUGGGCGAGUGUGGUUUGGACUAUGACCGGCUCCAUUUCUCGCCCGCCGAGGUGCAGAAACGACACUUUGCGACGCAGCUCGAACUGGCCAUCGAGGUCAAGUUGCCACUGUUUCUGCACUCGCGUGCUGCACAUGCUGACUUCGUAGCUAUCCUACGUCCACGCAUCGAGGAGAUUCACUCCGCACUCAGCGUAGACGCACCAGCGCAUAGCGAUUCGAGCGCAAAACGCGUGGGCGUGGUACACAGCUUUACGGGCACGAUCGACGAGGUGGACGAGCUGCUAGCUUUGGGUAUGUUUAUCGGUAUCAAUGGCUGCUCACUCAAGACGGAUGACAAUCUGGCGGUGGUGGAGCGCAUCCCGUUGUCGAGGUUGAUGCUCGAGACCGAUGCACCGUGGUGCGACCCUCGAUCGACCCAUGCCUCGCACAAGCACAUUCAGGCGUUCAAAGCGUCGCAUCCGGACCUGCAUGCUCGAUACCAACCCGCAGCAGUCAAGAAGGAGAAAUGGACCGCACAGAACAUGGUCAAGGGCCGAAACGAGCCGUGCACAAUCGGACUCGUUGCAGCCACGGUUGCAAGCGUCAAGCAGCUGUCCAUAGAAGAGGUCGCAGAAGCGGCAACGUCGAAUGCGCGAUGGCUCUUCAAUCUGCCCUAG